AUGUCUCGGGUGCCUGAGGGAUCGAACGACGCCCAGGCACUUUUUCGAUAUGGGUGUUUGCUGAACUGGGCUGCGCAGAGUAUCUAUCGCACACUACCAGCUCGAUUUGCUUCAUCAACUGCCGCACCAGCAGUCACAGGCACCGUUGAAACAGCUUCAAUGACCGCGAUUCCCACCGCAACAACCACAGGCGCCCAAUCAACAUCAACAUCAUCAUCAAUCUCGUCAAAAUCCCACUCCGGCCUAACAGGCGGCGACAUAGCCGGAAUAGUCAUCGGAAGUAUUGCACCCGUCGCAAUAAUCGCAUUAAUUCUCAUAUUCCGAAGGAGACUGAUGAGUUCAUUUGGAAAGGGCACGCCUGCAGAGAGUGGUUCUUCCUGGUCACCCGUCUAUAUGCCUCCGCAAGCACAAUCUAUGGCUCAUACCGAUUCAACAUGGCAGCCGUCGGAAAUGUCCUCGGAGCAUGGUGCUGUUCAUGAGAUGUCGUCUGCUACUGUGGGCCAGCCUAGGAGCCGGAAACCCCCUAGUCUGCAAGGCAGUGACUGUGUCUUGCAAAGCCACAUAGAAGCUGGAAUGGUUAUCGUUGCCUUGGAACCGCCAUACGCAGCAAGGCUUAAAGAAGAACUUUUAUUAAUAAAGAACAUCGAACCAAUGUUCAAGGCAAAGGCCACUACUCCGUUACAGCGUGGCAACCAGCAAUUAACCUCUAAGUUCCCUCGUAAAGGCAUUGCCCUCCGUCGUAAGCGCAAUAUCCCAACAGAAGCUCGCACAUAUCAGAGAUAG